AUGGAGGCUAGGUACGUGAAGGUGGCGUCCCGGUUCUUCCUCGCCGUCGGCGAGGGGAACGCCGGCGGAGAUGGGUGCGGCGACAACCGCCACUUCCUCGACGCAUGCUUCCUGUGCAAGCGGGACAUCGCCUCGGACCGCCACAUCUUCAUGUACAAGGGCGACGCGGCGUUCUGCAGCGACGACUGCAGGCAGGAGCAGAGGGACAUGGACGCCGCGCUCAAGGCCGCCAGGCGCCGCCACCGCCUGCUGCGCCGCACCACCUCCUUGCCGGCGUCAACGUCGUCGUCGGCCUCCGCGUGCACCGCCAACAAGGCCGCCGCUACUGGGAGCCGGAAUAUCGCUGUGGGCGAGGGGUUUUUCUGA